UUGUUUGGCAAAACAAAACACAACUGCUGCCAAGUACAGUUUGAAAAUACGUUGUGAGCGUCCUGCAUCAAAUUUUCCUCUUCAGUUCACCACAAAAUGGCAAUUAAUCCCGAAAAGGAGGAGUACGAGCUGCAGUACUUUAACUUCUCGUCGGAAGAACUAGUGGCGCAAAACAUACAAAUGGUACAAUCGCUGCUUAACAAAUCACUCACCGUCUUCACGGAACAGUUGAUCCAGAAGCAAAAGAUCCCGGACGAUCCCGCCACACGGCUGCGUGCCGGCUGCAACAAAACCGCCAUCGCCAUCUACAACGAUUGUUUGCCGGCGAUGAACAACCUGAACGCGCUUUAUCGGAAAACCUUUGUCAUACCGGACAACGUGUUGAUACCGACGGACCUGUUACAUACGCGCGGAUACACGGAGGAGCUGGAGAAAAGUUUAGAGCAAGAGGUACAGACGGCCAAAGACGCCGUCAUGCAAGGGGCCGUCUUCCUGGCCUCGCUAGAGGCCGAACUCGAGCUGCACCGAGAGCUGGAAGCGUGCUACGAAGCGGAAGAGGAAAUAAUUGAACAGUUGAAAGAUUUCCAGGAGGAAGAGAUCGAUCCGGACGAUGUGUCGGAUCUGGUGAAGCGAUUAGAAAUAGCCGGUAUCGUUGUGGAUGGUAACGCACAAGAGAGCAUCGUAGAGCUUGAUAAUUUUUUAUUACAAAAAUAAUAGAAAGCAUAUGCUGCUUGAUUGUUUCCCUAUAGCAACCCUCUGACCGGCAGUGUGUGUGUGUGUACGUAAAUCGUAAAUCUGUUUAACACUUUUUUCUUCCCACAAAACUUCGAGAGGUCACAAUGUGUAUCGAUAUCGAUCGAAAGGAGCGUGAUAAUACAAACUCGGUAACAAAUA